AUGCGGUCUCUCAUCAGCUUCUACACUCAAUAUUUCCCGCCGCCGCCCACAUUCACCGAAUCACACGUCGGCCCCCAACCAUGCCGCGUGUUCAUGAUCACCGGAGGAAAUUCAGGUCUCGGCUUGGAACUUGUCAAACAGCUAUACCCCACUGGCGCCACCAUCUAUCUGGCCUGUCGGUCUGAAGAACGCGCCGCGACGGCCAUGCGGGAGGUGAUUAGCUCGGCGGGAUCUGACAUCAGCACACCCGGCAAACUCAGAUUUCUCCAUUUGGACCUGAAUGAUCUUGCUUCCAUUCCGAAAUCGGCAUCAACCUUCCUCGAACAGGAAUCCCGAUUGGACAUUUUGUGGAAUAACGCUGGCAUUGGCGGGUGCCCUAUUGGGACCAAGACACGACAGGGCCUCGAGGGUCAUAUUGGGGUGAACUGCGUGGCCCCUCUGAUGUUUACGCAGGCACUACUGUCGUCACUCAAAAAUGCGGCCUGUGAUAGUACCCCUGGAUCCGUAAGGAUCAUAUGGACCGCCAGUUUGAGUAUCGAGUCGCAUGCUCCUCGUGGCGGGAUCGAGGUGGAGCGAGUCAACUGCGGGAGCACGCAAGAUCCCCCGGGUGACUAUGCGCAAUCGAAAGUGGGGAAUUGGUGGUUAGCCAUCGAGGCAUCGAAGAGGUACGCUGAGCUCGGAAUUAUCAGUGUCGCGCAAAACCCGGGUCAGCUAGAUACAGACGUGUGGAAGCAUCAACCUUGGUGGGUCAUGAUGUUGGUACGACCCACAUUGCAUGACCCAAGGCUCGGCGCCCAUACAAUGUUGUAUGCAGGGUUUUCGAAGGAUCUGGUCGUUGGGGAUACACGAUACGUGAUGCCGUGGGGACGGCUUCGAGAAUGGCAAAGUACGCCGCGAAAAGAUAUUGUUGCAGCUAUGCCAGGCCCGGCGGGUACGCAAUGGUUCUGGAAAUGGUGCGAAGAACAGUUUGAGCCAUACGUGUAA